AUUGUCGUGGUGACUAGACGCAGAUACUUAAAUGAUUUCUCCAGAAAACGAUUUGUUUUGAACUAAAAUUAGCUCUGAAUAAUGUCAAAAUCUGUUAGUGGUAAACGUAAAACUAAAGGAAAGAAAACUAAAGCAAAGGACCCUGUGAAUGAGGUAUUAGAAAAAACACAGGAAGACGUAAAAAACUUGCGGGAAGAAGUAAGCAGAAAAAUAUUUAUUGCAGAAAGUGCAGAAAAUCGUCGCUAUCAAGCACAUACUGAGAAAUUGGAGUCUGUAAGAAAUUAUAAUGAAUUGAAAAAGUCAACACAAAACCAUACUGCUUUCCUAAUCACAGAAAACGAAAUAAAAGUAACCAAUCUUCGAGAUGAAAUAGAGAAAUUAACCACAAAACUAGAUGAGGCCAAUAAGUUAAUUGAGAUAAGAAAUAAUGAACUGAAAAAUUUACGUCAAGAAUUCCUAAAUUGUAAGGCAGAAAAAGAUUCGAAAAUCAGCACAUUAGAACAAAAAUUAAAAGAACAAGCUGCAUUAUUUCGUGACGUUAUGUCACAAGCGUUCAAUCAACUAAUUGAACAACUAAGUAUCGACUAUGAAAAUGUUCAUAAUAACUACAAAAUAUUUUCUCAGCCUACAAAUGAUCUAAUAGAAUUGGAGUUUUUAAAUCCACCGUUUUUAGAUGAAGAAUCUGUUGAAUAUAUAUAAUUACCUAUCUAGAUAUAUACAGUGAUGUAGGAAUUUUCUCAACAUAUUCACAAGGAUAUUUUCUAAUUAGCAUUUGUGAAUAAUUUAUGUAAAAAUAAUUCCUGUAUAAAAAAGAAGCCACAAUUCUGCUACGACAGUUAUUUAUUCUUUAAUAAGACCCGUAAAAGGGAGGAAUUGUAUGAAACAUAACUGCACUGUUUUGAUAGAUGUUAAACUAUUUUCAAUAGCGAAAUAUAUUUGCUAAUUAAUUCUUGAAAAAACAGCUAGUCUGUGAAGUUGUUAUUGGAAAAAAUGCAACUCAUCC